UAUUUGCAUUGUAAAGUGGUUCAUUUUUUCCAUCUACUCCAAUCAGCCAUCAAGCUCUUGAUUUAUUUUUUUUCAUUGAACCCUUCAACACCAUCAUCCAUCCAUCCUCUAUAACAGUGUGCUUACAUUCUAGGCCUGCCUUACAGACCACUGGACAUCUCCCUUUCGUUCUGGUAGAAACUUCCAUUACCUGUGUCCUGGUUAGACUGUUGAGUUCUUGAAUGAGUCAUGUGACUUUUUUCUGUUUACUUUGAUAAUGUAAUGAAACACAUAUGAUAAUUUCCCAAGAAAAAAUAAACGUAGGGGCUAAGUCUUAGAAAGUGUAAUAUCUGAAAAUAUCUAUCCUGUCAUUAUAAUUGAGUAUUUGGUUGGAUGUAGGUGAGUCUUCCAAUCCCCUGUUUGAUUCUCCAAAUGAGCACAGCAGCCAGAGCUGGUCCAGGCCGAAGCUGAUGACAGGGUUCCAGAUGCUUGGACCAACGCGUGCUGCCUUCUCAGACGCGUCAGUGCGGAGCUGGCCGGAAGUGGAACAGCUCCGAUGAGGUGCCAGCACUGCAGACAGCAACUUAACCACUGCACAACACUGGCACAAAAUAAGUAGUUUUAAGGGGUUUUUGUUUUGUUUUGUUGAAUCUGAGUUCCCUCUUCUUCCCUGAUAGUAUCCUAUUCUUGCACCUCUGAAAAAAUAAUAUUUUUGAAGUUGCCUUUUGGCCCCUGAGUUAAUUCUGUUUCCUGUAGAUUGUUUCUUCCUGAAGAUACAUUUUCAUCUUUCAUACUCUUCAAGGCAUUUCUCAGAUGAUCGUUGAUCCAGGGUGUAUUCUGAGGUCUUACAUGUGUCUGGCUUGUUCUGCUCCUAAGACCAAACGUUCCUCACGACCCACAAGGAACCGAAGAGACGCGUCCGGGAUGUUUGACGGUUAUGAUAGCUGCAGUGAGGACACAAGUAGCAGCUCCAGCUCUGAGGAGAGUGAAGAAGAAGUUGCUCCUUUACCUUCUAACCUCCCCAUUAUCAAAAACAAUGGACAAGUCUACACAUAUCCAGAUGGGAAAUCUGGCAUGGCUACCUGCGAGAUGUGUGGGAUGGUUGGCGUACGAGAUGCAUUUUACUCUAAAACAAAGCGUUUCUGUAGCGUUUCAUGUUCAAGAAGCUAUUCGUCCAACUCCAAGAAGGCAAGCAUUUUGGCCAGACUUCAGGGUAAGCCUCCAACAAAGAAAGCAAAAGUUCUUCAGAAACAACCUUUAGUUGCUAAACUAGCCGCAUAUGCUCAAUAUCAAGCUACCUUGCAAAAUCAAGCAAAAACAAAAGCAGCAGUUUCCAUGGAAGGUUUCAGCUGGGGAAACUACAUCAAUAGCAAUAGCUUUAUCGCAGCGCCAGUUACAUGUUUUAAGCAUGCACCUAUGGGAACCUGUUGGGGUGAUAUCUCAGAAAACGUGAGGGUAGAAGUUCCCAAUACAGACUGCAGCCUGCCCACCAAAGUCUUCUGGAUCGCUGGAAUUGUAAAGUUAGCAGGUUACAAUGCGCUUUUAAGAUAUGAAGGAUUUGAAAAUGACUCGGGUCUGGACUUCUGGUGCAAUAUAUGUGGUUCUGAUAUACAUCCAGUUGGUUGGUGUGCAGCCAGUGGAAAACCCCUUGUUCCCCCUAGAACUAUUCAACAUAAGUAUACAAACUGGAAAGCUUUUCUAGUGAAAAGACUGACUGGUGCCAAAACCCUUCCUCCUGACUUCUCACAAAAGGUUUCAGAGAGUAUGCAAUAUCCUUUCAAACCUUGCAUGAGAGUAGAAGUGGUUGACAAGAGGCAUUUGUGUCGAACACGAGUGGCAGUGGUGGAAAGUGUAAUUGGAGGAAGAUUAAGGCUGGUGUAUGAAGAGAGUGAAGACAGGACAGAUGACUUCUGGUGUCAUAUGCACAGCCCGUUGAUCCAUCAUAUCGGUUGGUCUCGAAGUAUAGGCCAUCGAUUCAAAAGAUCUGAUAUUACAAAGAAACAGGAUGGACAUUUUGAUACACCACCACAUUUAUUUGCUAAGGUAAAAGAAGUAGACCAAACUGGGGAAUGGUUCAAAGAAGGAAUGAAAUUGGAAGCUAUAGACCCAUUAAAUCUUUCUACAAUAUGUGUUGCAACUAUUAGAAAGGUGCUGGCUGAUGGAUUCCUCAUGAUUGGGAUUGAUGGCUCAGAAGCAGCAGACGGAUCUGACUGGUUCUGUUACCAUGCGACCUCGCCUUCUAUUUUCCCUGUCGGUUUCUGUGAAAUUAAUAUGAUUGAACUUACUCCACCCAGAGGUUACACAAAACUUCCUUUUAAAUGGUUUGACUACCUCAGGGAAACUGGCUCCAUUGCAGCACCAGUAAAACUAUUUAAUAAGGAUGUUCCAAAUCAUGGAUUUCGUGUGGGAAUGAAGUUAGAAGCAGUAGACCUCAUGGAGCCACGUUUAAUAUGUGUAGCUACAGUUACUCGAAUUAUUCAUCGUCUCUUGAGGAUACAUUUUGAUGGAUGGGAAGAAGAAUACGAUCAGUGGGUAGACUGUGAGUCCCCUGACCUCUAUCCUGUAGGGUGGUGUCAGUUAACUGGAUAUCAGCUACAGCCUCCAGCAUCACAGUCAUCCAGAGAAAGCCAGUCCGCUUCAUCAAAACAGAAGAAAAAGGCUAAAUCCCAGCAAUACAAAGGACAUAAGAAAAUGACUACAUUGCAGCUAAAGGAGGAAUUGCUGGAUGGAGAAGAUUAUCAUUUCCUUCAAGGAGCAUCCGAUCAGGAAAGCAAUGGCUCUGCCAACUUCUACAUCAAGCAAGAGCCGUGAGGUGGCCCAGCUGAGGGUGGGUGGGACGGAUCGGACACAGAACUGAUUUCUAAUCAACCCAGCUGUACAGCAGGGCUAUUCUACUGGGAUGUUUUGCUAACCAGACAAGAUUUCAGUUCCAGAUUUUUCAGGUGGGUGGGGAAACUAUUUUAGCCGGGGGGAGGGGAAAUUUUUCAAUUUAUAAAGAUGGACACUUUUUGUGUUGUAUUUGAAGCUUUUGAAAGAAUUUUGUAAUAUUUUCCACGUUUGGAUUUAUGUGCAUUGUUAACAAGAACUGAAAUUCUAACUUUUUUGGUAAGAUUAAAGUUUAGGUAGCAGGAUUGAAGGAAAUGAUUUAAGAAGGAUAUAGUUGUAAAUGCAAAUGAACUGUCAUUACAAAUGAACCUUUUUUGGUACCUGUUGGGAGACUUUGGGAUUCUAGAAGUUAGGCCAGUCACAUCUCCAGCUUCCUUUGCUGCAGAAAUAUGCAACGGAACCCUCCGCAGAGGUUCACCACCACACAUCACGGAAGCGGUCAUGAUUCUGCUUGUUGGCGUUUUAUUACAGCCCAUCUUAAAUGUUUGUACAGAAAUGUUUUUCACUCUGUGAAAUUUAUUUGGAGUUCUGUAUGAAACUGGAAGAACUCUGGAUACUUUUAUAUGUUCUGUUUUACGUUUAAAAAAUUGAAAUUGUCCUAACACUAGAGUGUUAAACUGGAAUGGUUGAUAAGAUAUACAGGAUCUCAUUGUACCAGUUGAGGGGUUGGGGAAAAUGCAAUAUUGUCCUAAUUUCAUUUUAUUUUGCUUACUAAAAAAUACCCCACAAUUGGGAUUCUGAUCAGUUCUCUGCCAUUUCCCUCCAUCAACAGCCUAGUAUAUCCACACCCCAAAACAGAUGUUCUGUAUUAGCAGGAGAACCAAAGUAAAAGUUGUUCAAAACCAAAAUAAGUUGAGAUUUCAAAAUCAUUCCAGCUCCAUUUUUAAUUAUCCUAGAGUUUUUAUAAAAUAAUUUGAAGAAAUUUAAUUUUCAUAAAGUUCCAGAUGUAGUAUGAAUCGUCUUUAAUUGUAUUCAGAAUUUAUUUUAACAGUAACUGAUUUGGACCAUUAUGAACAUUCCCUAUUUUCAAAUUCGUGUGGCUUCCUUUAAACAGACAAGGAUACAAGGGUAGCUUGGUGAAAGGUUUGCUCUCUGCGAGUUGUGACUGAGUGGGAGAGCGCUAGCGUUUACCAGUGAGGUUCAUAAACUAAACUCUCAGGAAUUAACUGCAUCUGUUCUACAAGUGCUUCUGGGUCUUAGCCUGGCCUCUUCAGAGUAGUAAUAUUGACCAUCUCCUCUGGAAUAUAGGUAGGGCUAAUUAGAAAUUAAUCAAAAUGAUUAACCUCUACAGUCCUUCAGCCUAUGGAAUGCUUUAAAAAAAAAAUGUUCAUGGAAAGCCCCAGGAGACUGUCUUAGGUAAGAUUUUUGUUUUCAAUUUUAAAAUGCAUAGAACAUUAAAAACCAGCAAUUUAUUUUCUAAAAUAAUGCUCUACUUUUGGGAAUAAUAGCAUUGGUAAUACGCACAGGUUUACCUCAUUCUAUGCAAGAGGGGUUAAUAACAUAAGGUUUUAUAGUAGCUACUGGAAGUAAAAUGUGUUACUUUAUAGUGUAAGAAUGUAUGGAAUCACAUGUCACCAUUUCGUAAUACUGACUUUGGGGCAUCAGUGCAGAUCGCAUCAGCGCAGGUUGAUUCUCACGUAGCAAAUGUGUGUGAAUUGACCUGUUCAAUUACUGGAUAUUUAUCUUAAGUAACAUUGCUGAGAGGGCCUACUGUAAAUGUGAUACACUCGCACUUCCCAAAUCCUUAAUGUUGAAGAAUCAUUGUGCAAACUUAAAGCCUACAGGAGUCCUAAAGCAUGGCUCACAGCAGACUCUAUUCUCAGACUGAGGGGAUUAAACCCAGGACUCUGAUUUAGUGACACAGGCACAACAGACCUGUUGGGUGGUGUCAUUUACCAACACCUGAGGAGUAAGCCUCUGUGGGAUCUGCAUGAACCAGGGAGGGUUACGAUUUGGAGCCAGUCAGUCCUGGGAAUUAGUUCUGUGAAUUCUGAUACUCAUUUGUAGCUAGUUCUAUAAGCUUCCAAUUUGACAGCAAAACCAGGCUUUCAAGUGUGUUAGAAUUUUCCACCUGUUCAUGAAGUGUUCUUUGCUUAUUCCGUGACCAACAGUUCAAGGUUGGUAAGGAUUUAUACGGUCUCAACACAAUCGUAGCCCUCUUCAUUGCUCAGACUCUAACUCCUGCUGCUGCUGAACAGAAAAGCAGUUCGUGCAGAGGAGAGCUAUGUCUUAGCCAUAACUGCAGCUGUACAACCCACAGCCCCAUUCUCUUACAGUUCAAAGUGUACUGCUGACCUGGGGUUUCUUUUUGUUUUUUUUGUUUGUUUUUGUUUUCUGUUAGGAUUAUUUGGGGACUUUUGGUAGUUUAAACCUUUAACCUUUUCCUUGCUGUGUUUGAGGAAAGUUAAAGCUGUUGUCAACUUCUUAUUCUACGGAUACUAACACGGGUUUUCAGUGUUUGUUUGUUUUUAUUAUUAUUAAUUUUGCGUGAUGUGAACACCCUCUCCCAUCAAUAUUUGUAUUAUGGUGCUAUAUAUUUGGUAAUGAUCCUUUAAUAUUGGGAAGGGAUUUUAAAAAUACUGUGAUUAAACUGGGUUUCUUCCUUUGAUUUUCGUAUUUUAAAAUAAAGCCACAGUCAUUUAUACAAAAGAAAAGCAUCUGUCCCUGGGCAACUCUUUUGAGGACAGAGGUCAAAGUAAACUGCAUAAGGUUUUUACAUCAUUUCUGUAUGUAUUUGAUAUAUAGAUCAAUAUCUGUAUAAAUUUAAUCUUUUAUUUUCUGGUAACUUGUGAUCAUUGAGAAAGUGUUUGAAACUUUCUCAUGAAGUGUAUAUAUAUGAUGGCGUGAAAAAUUCCUUCGGGGAAAUUUAUGUUCCUUUCAUUUUUACCAAAUUGCAAAUUUUCAGCAUGGAUGUGAAAAGCAUUAAAAUUAUAACUUUGUGUACAAGAUGAAAAUAAUUCACUAAAUUUGCCCUUUUUUACACAAAAUAAAAUGUUAAAGUUAA